UGUAACUGAAAGUGCGAUCUAGUAUGUGGCCAGGGAAUGUCAUAAGAAAUGAAGUUUGAUUAAACUUAAACGAGUUAUGAACAUAAUUUGAGAAAAUUUCACGUAGAAAGUGGUAAAAUGAGUCAAGUGGCUACGUACAGGGACAAGAGACAAGUGGUGGCAAAGACCUACGCUCCCGGAGGAUGCCCAGUACACCUUGGAAAGCAAAAAUGUGGCGAAACGCAGGGAUUGGAUAUUAUUAUGGAUUUUCACAAAUUGUAUCAGGAGAAGAUGAGUGAGAUAGAUGUUAGCGCUGGAGGAGAUAGUUUGCAGGAAAAAGUGAGCCUCCAAGAACAAUGGAUAAAUGACCUUACCGAACAAAAUAAACUGCUUGCCAAAGUGAUUGAAGAAUUAGAAUCAGAAACAAUAGGCAGAGUACAGCAGCUGGAAGAUAAACUUAACAAUGCUGUCAAAUCAAUAGGAGAGGAUGAUAAACCUGCAUUGCCAGAAAAACAGAAAAAAAUUGAAGAACCCAAGAAAACUCCAGUGACUGUACCACCAGUUGAGGAUGAUCUGAAAAAGAAAACAGAAGAAAAUGACCGCUUAAAACAACCCGAAGCAGCAUCAGAAAAAGAGAUCAAAAAUCAUUCCAUGUCGAAAGCGGAUAUCGAGCUGAAAGACAUCAAACCGAAAACACCCCCGAAAAAAACCAAGACUCCGGAACCCUCUGAGGGGGAAGAUGAUGCUGGGAAGCUGACGGAAGUACUGAAACCAGCUCCAGAACCCUCCUUGGCCCCGUCGUCGAAGGCGCCAUCCCAGUCUCUGCUGUUCAAUCUCGAAGAAGAUGCGUCGCAACAGGCCUACCAUAAAGAAAGGGUUACGUCCAAAGUGUCGUCUAGGAGGUCAGUGCAUCUGCUCCUUGACGAUGAUGACAAGAUCGUCGAACCGGAAAAGGACUUUUCGACGUCCUUGAACAUUCCCGACCCUCCCUCGACUAUGAGCAUUCCUAUGGUCGGCACAAAGGAUUCCUUGGAACUCAUCAGGAAAGCGUCGCAAGCAUCCCAAAAACCGAAGGAUGACAACGUCUGCGUUUGCGUAGAGAAGGAUUUCUGGGAUGAGUUAACUCAAUUGAAAGAAGAGAACCAAAAGCUCAAAGAGGGAGGUGAGCUCCAACGUAUGAAAAAGGAAGUUGAGGAAAAGAUGAAGCGGAUCCUGGAGCUGAACGAAGAAAACCGAACAUUGAAUGACAUGAUUAACAUGCUCCGAACUAAUCAAACAGGAAAGAAGCUGCAACCUCCAAGCGACUCGGAACCCAUGAGCUCUGACUCAGACUACUGCACGGGAGGCUGCGAACCAACCAGAUCACCCAUCAAGCCACCAUCUGCAAAAAGAAGACUGUCAGCCAGGGACAGAGACCCCAAAACGGUCGCACCCAAAACGUCGAUGAAGCAGUGUUUGUGCGAGGAGGACUGCGACAAGUACUGCGAAUCCCCGCCCUUCAUCGACGUCUACAAGCGUGAAGACAAGGGCAGGUUCGUGUCGGACUCGAGCAGCACGGUGUGCAACGAAGAGAUAUGCGCCUUCCUCAGAAACCUCACGCCCCUAGAGUACAGAGCCAGAGGGGGCUACGACUGCAGCGAUUGCACCGACUGCGCCUGCCCGCCGGGCGGGCCUCUACCCGAUUUUCAAGGAGGGGGCGUGUGCGAGGAAUGCGACGAUCGGACUUGUCCCAACAAGGAUUUCUACGACCAGCCGGUGCAGACUGUGGAUCGGGGCGGUCCACCCGCGGCACCGGCUUCUAACGCCCCUUUCCCUAUCACCUGCACCGACGACACUUGCACAGCGCCCGAGUGUUCGGCCAAGAUGGGCGAUGCGAUGCCUCAAAGCCAAGGUUACGGCCCGGCAUCGGACUUCCCGAUAACCUGCGACGACGAUACCUGCCAAGUACCGGACUGCUCUGCCAAGACGGGAGGGGUGGCGCCACCACAACCCAUCUACGUGGCUCAGGGCGGAGCCAAGCAGGACGCCGGGGUGAUGGUAUCCUGCGACGCGGCCCCCGAAUGCGCAUGCGUCAACCAGGGGUCGUACCCCAUGCAGAUAGACGCCAAGUGCGCUUGUAUGAGUGGCAUCGCGCCGACGCAAGCUGCACCGGGCGUCCCCAAGACUCCGAGCGAGUGCAUAUGUAGUGUGCCGGAAGAGUGCCAGACUGGCGGUGCUGCGACUAGGACCGGAGAUGGGAAGUGUCCCAGAGGAACCUGCGAAACGUGCGUUUGCGCAACUUUCCCGUUGCCUGACGCGAAGAUGCACUUCACGGUUCCCCCGCCUGCGGGUGGUGGCGGUGGAGGUCAGUGUCCAAGAGGUAUCUGCGAGUUUUGCGCUUGCAUGAAAUUUCCUGGAGUCAAGGCGGGUGGAGGUGCUAGGGCUUUACCGGCCGGUCUAGUAAUUGGUGCUACCACUGGUGGUGAUACGUGCGCCAUCUGCGGAUGUGAGUUGUCUCCCAGUGAUAUCAUGGUGGCAGGAGAAGUUUGUGGUUCUGGACCGAGCGGCGUAGCAGCUCCGGGCAAGGCAACUGGUGCUGCCGGCGCUGUAGGACCUCUCACCACAAACCCUUGCCCUGACGAAAUCUGCACGGAACCCUGUUCCUGCAAAGCUGUUUAUUCAGAUACUGGUCCAAUAGGCGGCGGUGGCCUAAAGCGCGCAGGCGGUCCAAAAGGGGCCGUAGGUCCUCUCACCACGAAUCCUUGCCCAGAUGAAAUUUGCCCGGAACCCUGCUCCUGCAAGGUUACUCAAAGCGAGCCGUACAUCGACCCAGACGAUCCUAGACCUGUGAGGGUUUCUCCAGCAGCUGUUGGUGGUGACGCAUCCUGCGAUCCUUGCAAUCCCUGCGUUUGUGACGAAGGCGGCGGAGCGAAGGCAGGACCGGCUUCUACUGGCAAAAGUCUGGCCCCAAUAACCGAGGACUUGUGUCCCGACGAGAUCUGCGAGAAACCUUGUACCUGCAAAGUCGUACCCAGCGAAGGAUAUAUUGACUCCGAUACGGAUUUAAGGAAACGGCAGAUACCAGGGGCAGCGACACAAACCGCUGUCAUGGAGAAGGCUUCGGAGUGUUGCAGCGCCAUCUGCGGCCAAACUACCGGCCAAGCGACGAUGACCGAAACCGAAGUUUGUUCCGUCAUGUGCCAAUCUACGGCCGUGGACGUUUCAGAGCCUUGCGGCGCCCCAUGUGGUCUGGGAAUGGACGCUCCGACCGGCGCAUCGGACAGCGGCGUCUGCGGCGACAGCACUUGCACCAAAAGGUACCCCAAAGGUGGAACGAUGUCCUCUUCCUCUCCAGGCUCCAAACCGAGACCCCCGCCACCUGGUGGAGACGACGGUAUGGGGAUGAUACGUUGCAGUUGCAAAUCCAAGUUCUGCAAGUUGGUCCCAGACCCAGACAACCCGGGCCAGCAGAUGUGCGUGGACGCCUCCGGCGCCAACCAGGAGAACGAAGGCUCCUGCGUCUGCGCGUCUUGUCCGGAGCCCGAGACACCUGCGAAUCCGCCAGAGGGCAGUUGUUGCAUGGCUGCGGACCAAGUACCAACACAGCCUCCUGUGAUGACUGUGAAUCAGCUGUAUAAGGUUACCAAGACGCCGGAGAACCUGAGUAAGGAGCAGGAGUAUGCCGGUUUGUCCCGAAAGGAUAGCGCGACCAGAAGAACGGGGUAUAUCGCGCCCAGGAAGGCUCUGAGUACCUUCGGGAUCAUGGACGUGGACGACGAAGAGUUGACGGGCAACGAAGAAAGUAGGAACGCGGAUCUUAAACUAAUUAUCGCCGAUCUGAAGAGCAAACUGUUGGACGCUGAGGACAAGAUUGAAGAGUUGAAACUUGGCAAGAACUAUAGCGACAAGGAUAACGAUACCGCAUUGGUCAGCAAGUAUUCGGAACAGAUAAACGAAAUGAAAAAGUCGAUAAAGUGGUCUAAGAAAGAGAGGGAAGAAUACGAAUAUCUGAAGCAAAGGGUGAAACAUUUGGAGCAGGGCAAAGGGGAUACUGAAAAUAUAACAUCCAAUCUGCAAACUGCCGUGGAUUUAUAUGUUGACACCAUAGAGGUUUUAGAAGCAUCCGAGGAGAAACUCAAAGCUGAGCUCGAACACUACAAAGAUGUGAAUGAGGUUCUACAUGAAAAUAUUUUGAGUAUGAGAGAAGAAAUAGAGAUGAUGAAGGACACUUUUCAACAAGAGUUGGAUGACCUGAAGUGGAAUAAUUUCAUUUCGCAUAUAGAAAACGAAGAUGUUCAAUAUACCAAUGAAAUAUAUUUGCAGCAGAUUAACAAAUAUCAAAAUCUUUAUCAGCAAAUGAUGGAACUCAACUACGAGCUAGAAAUGGAACAUGUGAAUAAUCUCCAGGACCUUUCAAUGAUGGAGGCCCAAUUCAAUAAGUAUCAAUCAGUUGUGAAAAAUCAAGAGGAGGAGAAGAUUGUCAUAAGGAAUCAACUCAAGAAAUUAACCAAAAAGAACAAAUGCUACGAGGAAGUUGUGCAGUUUUUCAAAGAUGAAAUGUCAGUUAUGUCCGAUGAGCUGUUAACCCUACAAGAAGUUCUGAACGUUACCAACGUGAGUUCCCUAGAAGAAAACAACAAACUGAUAGGCGCCAUCCUCCAACUAAGAAGAAUAAACGACCGUCUAGUCGCCCACCUGUGCGCAAUAGAAAAACAAGCGAUAAUCGAGAACCAGAUCAACCAAAUCAACGAGGCCAGGAUCAACGAACUCCAGAACAUCAUAAGCGCCAAAAACAACGACCUCACGCAACACGACGACAUCAUACAGGACAUGCGCAGGAAGCUAAACAACGCGACAAGACAGAACGCUGAUCUCAAAAAGACCAUCAAGAACCUGACAGACACCGUGGUGGAGAUACAGGAGGGCAUCAAAUCGGUCGAAAGAGAACAGCUGAAGAACGUGUCGGACGUGUCUGUGGUCGAGUCCAAGGUAUGUUUGGCCAGCGGUGAUUUGGAGUCCAUCAAGAUCUGUAUGGAGCAGAAGAACAGCCGGAUCAUGGAGCUGGAGAACCAGUUGAAGAGCCAAGAGGUAGAACUCAUCUUGGCUAAUAAGGAGUUGGGUAUGUUGAAAGAGAAGAAAUCAGACAGCAAGGAAGUUAUAAAUUCCUUGAAGGAGCAACUAACCUCGGCUGAAAAAAGAAACGAACAAGUCGUCGGGGACUAUCAGAUGGUUGUGAAGAAGCUCCAGGACUAUUCGAACCUUGAGCACAUGAAAAACUAUGAAUUGAAUCAUUACAAAUCGCUGGUGGAAGAAAUGAAGACUAGUCUGGUACAGUUGAACAAUGGACUAGAGAAGUGCGAGGCCUCAAACAUCCACUUCUACGAGGACUUGAGGAAUUCUGAUCAUAUGCGAGGGAGGUUGUUACAACACAGAAAGAACAAUUUACCAAUCGUUUUUGAUGAAUUGAAAAAAUCGAUGGCAGAUCUCAAACGAAGAUUGUCGGAAGCGGAUUUCAAAGGUGGGCUUAUAGAAGAAGAACUACUGAAGGUCAAGGAGUCGCACAUGUCUCAAAUCACGGAAGAGGUAACCGAUACGCAAAAGGAACUGGAGGCGAAGAUUAUUUCUUCGAUCGAGGAGCAGAGCAGGCUCAACCAGAUCGUGGAAGAUCAGAAAGAAGAGAUAAGAAGAUUAAAAAGGGAAUUGGAGAAGGAGAAGGCUGAUAUAUGUGCUUGCAAGCGCAGCGUAAGCGACCUGAAGAACGAAAAAACCUCCACCAAUGCUGAGGUGGAGAUAUCUCAGUUGAAGAGCGAUUUAAACAAGUCCCUUCACAGACAGAGACUGCUCAAUGAAGAAAACGACCAGAUACACACCCAGAUGAUCAACCUACGUAAGAAACUGACGUUUUUGGAGCAAGCCUACGACGUGUUGAAACAGGAGAACGAAGACUACAAAACACAAUUAAAAAGGGCGCUCAGAGAGAAAGAAUAUCUGUCGAGCAAGAAUCACGAUCUGACCAAAACCAUAGAACAGAUGAGGAGCACACACGACCAGCUUGAGAAACAGUGCAGGUACAACGCCGAUAGGCUAAGAAACCUAGAAUUGGAACUGGCGGACGCCCAAGUAGAUAGAGAGAUCGUGUCUGAUGAGGCCAAACACUUGGCUAGCGCGGUGAAGACGUGGAUUGAGGAACAGCCAAACGAGAAUCUAGAGAUUCGCGGAAAGAUAAAAAAUAAUACCGACACUAUUAAUCCUUUGCGGAAGACCAUGAUGAAAAAAAUGUCGGAAGAAAAAAGUUGGAUCAACACGCCCAUGCAACACCCUUUUUCACCUAGACGCUACGGCACUAUGGGCAAUCUGGAACGUAGAACAGUGUCUCCAGCCAGGACCAGAAGAAUGGAGAGACAUACUGCAGAAGCCAGAUACAGAUCAUCAAGUCCUUGGCGAGAGAUGAACUCCUACGAUGAAUAUGUACCGGAGGACACAAACAGUCACAAGAGCAACAUCUUGAGGAACAUUUCUUACGAUUCUAAUUCAUCUCCCUACACUAGUAGAAGCCUUUCUCCAAGGACUGCUUCCAUCCAGGGAGAAGACGAUGAGAUGGAUGAAAUGAAUUUGAACGAUUGGUUUUCGCCUAAUUAUAAGGAGACUGAAACUGAUGCUGAUGAAGGAGAUGAGGACAGUUUCAUCAACAAAGUUCAGUUAAUGACAGCUCAAGUUCAGGAGGCAAACAUAAGAUGGCAGCAAAAAAUGAACAAAGAAUAUUUGUCCAAGUCUCGUGCCAGUAAUAAGUAGAGUUUGAUAUUUCGUUUUAAAUUAUUUGCAAGUGUACUGCAUUCAAAUGUAUUUUUUUACCGAUGUGUCUUUUAAAUAAAAAGUUUAUAGUGAA